AUGAAGUUGAUACUGCUCCUAGUGUCCAUCGUGUUGACUACGGUCAAUGGAAUCGCUGUUGAUCCAAGCACGAUCGAUUGGACGCUGGUGCGUACACUCCAGCAAACGGACGCCAUCCGGGCUAAGCAAGGACUUCCGCCUCUAACGGAUGACGAAGUUCGCUCGUCGCGUAUCGCUGAUGGACAGAUCGCGAGUCCUACUCAGUUCCCUUGGGCUGCCGGUGUUCUCAUCUCCGGAUCAUCGUCGCAUAGUUUCUGCAGUGGAGUGUUGAUCUCUCGCCGCCAUGUUCUCACCGCGGCCGUGUGCAUUUCUGGAUCCAACACUCUAACUGUUCUGCUAGGUGCCUCCGAUAUGACCCGAGUCGAGGAAUUUAUCGCUGUGACGGGCAUCCUGUCGCAUCCGAACUACAGCUCCUUCUUCAACCGGGACGAUAUCGCCAUCCUGACCCUUGCCCACGAAGCUCCGAUCCGUGACACGAUCCGUCCGGUGGACCUACCACGCCGCAGCCAAGUCAACGCUGACUUCAACAACUGGGCGGCCACAACUGCUGGUUGGGGCAAUACUGGACGCCGUGACAAUGAGCCAAUUCCCACGCAAGCCCUACAGUUCGCCGUCGACUCCGUAACAACCAACUUUGUCUGUGGAUUGUCCCACACGUUCAUCCGCGGAACGCACAUCUGUACCCGUACCGACAACGGUGGAGCGUGCAAUGGAGACGAAGGUGGUCCAGUGACCGUCUCCGAGAGUGGCCGUACGUUCCUCGUCGGUAUCCAUUCCUUCCACUUCUCCGGCCUGUUCGGAUGUGAUCGUGGCCGACCGUCGGUACAUACACGCAUUACGGAGUACCUUGAUUGGAUUCAGCAAAACUCGGAUGCCAUAAUUGAGCCGUGA